CUCUCAUUUUUUCAAAUUAUACUCAGAACUCAGCUUUAGAGGAACUCUGCUAGUAAAAGGAAUCAGAUGCUGUGGGAAGAGAAUAUUACUGCAACAUAUUUGUCAAACAGAUUAAAAAACACUAGUAUUAAGAGACUGGAGGCGUAAGAAACUUACUAUGAUAUAAGUACAAACAUAUAGUAAUCCAUGUGAGGCAGAGAAAUUGUCUAAACUCGUAUACUUUUCCUCUGCAGAAUAAAAACCCACCUAGAUUUGCAUCUUCUUUUUGCUUCAUCAAACUACUGAACUCUUAAUUUAAUCAUGGUGCUUUGGUUUUAGUUUUUUUCUUUUUUUCUUUACAGCAUUUAAAUUGGACUGUUCACAGUUUCUGCAGUGGCAGCUCCAUUAACAACCUUUUGCUCCUUUCUUAUCACAUUUCUUGCUGAAUCUUUCUCUGUUUUCACAUUCUUAAUUUCUUUUUUUUGGUUCUGUUCCUUUUCCAUCAAUGGCUGUUUCUUCUAUAUCCUCCCCACUGUGCACUUGGUUUUUUGCUGGUUGUAUAUCUAUGGCUUGCGAGAAAGAUCAUCCUUUAAGCUCCUCUAUGUUUCAGUUUCCCAAGAAGCUGAACCAGAUGGCCAGACUCAAGAAGCUCAUAACAAAAUGCAGCAGUAAUAACGGCGGGGCUGUCUACUAUUCACAGAACUUAUUUUCAUCUUUCCAAGUAUCUGGCAUACAAAAUUUGGUAAGUUCUUGUCUAUCCUUCGAGCCAUGGACGGUGUUCUACAAUUCAAAUAGGCCAUCUCCACCUUUAAACAAUGUUCUCUCACUCUUUGGAUCAAAAUCAUCUAAUCGAAGUCAAAAGCAGAAGAAGGGGGCAGUCCGCUCCGGUGGUGUGGCAGUGGCCGUGCAGCCCGAAAAGGAAGUUGCAUUGAUGAAGAAACCUCUUACAAAGCACCGCCGGGUGGUUGUGACGGGGGUGGGUGUGGUAACCUCAAUAGGUCAAGAUGCAGAUACAUUCUACAAUAAUCUUCUUAAUGGUGUCAGUGGCAUAAGUGAGAUUGAAGCUUUUGACUGUUCUCAGUUUCCCACUAAAAUUGCUGGUGAAAUCAAGUCUUUCUCACCAGAUGAAUGGGUAUCACCAAAGCUUUCAAAGAGGGCAGAUAAAUUUGUGCUUUACUUGCUUACUGCUGGCAAGAAAGCCUUGGUAGAUGGUGGAAUUACAGACCAAGUUAUGGGUGUGUUGGAUAAAACUAGAUGUGGAGUUAUAAUUGGCUCUGCAUUGGGAGGCAUGAAGGUUUUUAAUGAUGGAGUAGAAGCAUUGAGGGUUUCAUAUAAAAAGAUGAAUCCAUUUUGUGUACCUUUUGCAACGACUAACGUGGGUUCUGCAAUACUAGCAAUGGAUUUGGGAUGGAUGGGCCCUAGCUACUCAAUCUCUUCUGCUUGUGCAACUAGCAACUUUUGUAUACUUAACUCAGCAAAUCACAUCAUCAGAGGUGAAACAGACUUAAUGCUUUGUGGUGGCUCUGAUGCAGCAAUUAUUCCAAUAGGCUUGGGAGGUUUUGUGGCUUGCAGAACUCUAUCACAUAGGAAUAAUGAUCCAACCAAAGCAUCACGCCCCUGGGAUUCUGACCGUGAUGGAUUUGUUCUGGGAGAAGGAGCCGGUAUUUUACUUUUAGAAGAGCUAGAACAUGCUAAGAGAAGAGGAGCACAGAUUUAUGCAGAAUUCCUUGGCGGAAGCUGCACUUGUGAUGCUUAUCACAUGACUGAGCCUCAUCCUGAUGGAAUGGGCAUCUCUCUUUGCAUAGAACAAGCCUUAGCUCAAACUGGUGUUUUCAAAGAAGAUAUAAACUACAUAAAUGCACAUGCCACAUCAACACAAACAGGUGAUCUAAGAGAAUUCCAAGCUCUUGUUCGUUGUUUUGGCGGGAACCCUGAGCUAAGGGUGAACUCUACAAAAUCCAUGAUUGGUCACCUACUGGGAGCUGCUGGUGCAGUUGAAGCUGUAGCAACAGUUAAGGCAAUACAAACAGGAUGGAUCCAUCCCAACAUCAAUCUUGAAAAUCCGGACAAAGCCGUGGACAAGCAUGUGCUUGUUGGUGCCAAAAAAGAACGGAUGGACAUAAAGGUGGCACUGUCAAACUCUUUUGGAUUCGGCGGACACAAUUCUUCCAUCUUAUUUGCACCUUAUAAAUGAAUCUAUUGGUUAGGGGGAGUAGCGUGUCAAUAGCUCAUUCUUCCACUGAAUGUCAGUCCAUAGCUCUUUUAUAAGCAUAGAGAGCUACCUUUGGCUCAAUCGCAAGUUCAUUUUUCCACUCUUUUCUUCUCACUCAGUCUCGUGAAAAAGUAGAAUACAAGUGCAGAUUAGCAUGCAUGGAGAUAACUUAAUUUGGGCAUAGCGUACUCGAGUGUGCUUAGACCAUUUGAUUUCGUGCUUAAUCCAUCAUCAUCUGGAAACAUUUCCUAAACAUUAAUGGUGAUACCAGACAAAAAAUUACACUAAAUAGCUACGGCAUACCCAGUAACCAGAGUCGCUGCUUCAUCAUGGACCAGGCUGGGAU